CGGGUGCGCGAGCGCAGGGAGGCGGGAAUCAACAGUAGCCUUCCAUGAGGAACUGCCUUUCCCAUUUGCUGCUGGAGUUGACAGUUUUUCCUGCUGGCAGAAUCAGGGACAUGCCAGCACUAGCGGGAUGAGUGGGUGCUCCGGCGGGGAUGUGGUCAUUGCCGGCCAGUGAGGGCGAGAGCGCCACAGCCCACUUCUUCCUUGGAGCUGGAGAUGAGGGGCUGGGCACCCGUGGAAUAGGCAUGAGGACAGAAGAGAGUGACAGCGAGCUCCUUGAGGAUGAGGAGGAUGAAGUGCCUCCUGAACCUCAGAUCAUUGUUGGCAUCUGUGCCAUGACCAAGAAAUCCAAGUCCAAGCCAAUGACCCAAAUCCUAGAGCGACUCUGCAGAUUUGACUACCUGACUGUUAUCAUCCUGGGAGAAGAUGUGAUCCUCAAUGAACCUGUGGAAAACUGGCCAUCCUGCCACUGCCUCAUCUCUUUCCACUCCAAAGGCUUUCCUCUGGACAAAGCUGUUGCUUACUCCAAGCUUCGAAACCCUUUUCUUAUCAAUGACCUGGCUAUGCAGUAUUACAUCCAGGAUAGGAGGGAGGUGUACCGGAUCCUGCAGGAGGAGGGUAUUGAUCUGCCUCGAUAUGCUGUGCUCAACCGUGACCCUGCCCGGCCUGAGGAGUGCAACCUGAUUGAGGGUGAAGACCAGGUGGAGGUAAAUGGAGCCGUCUUUCCCAAGCCCUUUGUGGAGAAGCCAGUGAGUGCAGAGGACCACAAUGUUUACAUCUACUACCCCAGCUCAGCUGGAGGAGGAAGCCAGCGCCUCUUCCGUAAGAUUGGCAGCCGGAGCAGCGUUUACUCUCCUGAGAGCAGCGUCCGUAAGACAGGGUCAUACAUCUAUGAGGAGUUUAUGCCAACAGAUGGCACAGAUGUCAAGGUGUAUACAGUGGGACCAGACUAUGCCCAUGCUGAAGCCAGAAAAUCUCCAGCUUUGGAUGGGAAGGUCGAAAGAGACAGUGAGGGGAAAGAAAUUCGAUAUCCAGUCAUGCUGACUGCCAUGGAAAAGCUGGUGGCCAGGAAAGUCUGCGUAGCUUUUAAGCAAACAGUCUGUGGUUUUGACCUCCUUCGUGCCAAUGGUCACUCCUUUGUGUGUGAUGUCAAUGGCUUCAGUUUUGUCAAGAAUUCGAUGAAAUACUACGAUGACUGUGCCAAGAUUCUGGGGAACACCAUAAUGCGGGAGCUUGCCCCGCAGUUCCAGAUCCCAUGGUCCAUCCCCACAGAGGCUGAGGACAUUCCCAUUGUCCCUACCACAUCUGGCACUAUGAUGGAACUUCGUUGCGUCAUUGCAAUUAUCCGUCAUGGGGAUCGUACCCCCAAGCAGAAGAUGAAGAUGGAAGUGACACACCCAAGGUUUUUUAGUCUAUUUGAAAAACAUGGUGGCUACAAGACAGGGAAAUUAAAACUGAAGCGGCCCGAGCAGCUACAGGAGGUGCUGGACAUCACAAGGCUGCUAUUGGCUGAACUGGAAAAAGAACCAGGUGGUGAGAUUGAGGAGAAGACUGGGAAACUGGAGCAGCUGAAAUCUGUGCUGGAGAUGUAUGGUCACUUCUCAGGCAUCAACCGGAAGGUGCAGUUAACUUACUACCCUCAUGGAGUAAAAGCUUCUAAUGAGGGGCAAGAUCCACAGGGGGAGGCUCUGGCCCCAUCCCUAUUGCUGGUACUGAAGUGGGGUGGAGAACUGACCCCUGCUGGCCGUGUUCAGGCUGAGGAGCUGGGGCGAGCUUUCCGCUGCAUGUACCCUGGAGGACAGGGUGACUAUGCUGGCUUCCCCGGGUGUGGGCUGCUUCGCCUCCAUAGCACCUUCCGCCAUGAUCUCAAGAUAUAUGCCUCUGAUGAGGGCCGUGUCCAGAUGACUGCUGCAGCCUUUGCUAAGGGCCUUCUAGCUCUAGAAGGGGAGCUGACACCCAUUUUGGUACAAAUGGUGAAGAGUGCCAACAUGAACGGGCUCUUGGACAGUGAUGGCGAUUCCCUGAGCAGCUGCCAGCACCGGGUGAAGGCUCGGCUGCACCACAUUUUGCAGCAGGAUGCACCCUUUGGCCCUGAGGAUUAUGAUCAGCUGGCUCCCACUGGAAGCACUUCCCUACUCAACUCCAUGGCUAUAAUCCAGAAUCCUGUGAAGGUCUGUGAUCAGGUAUUUGCCCUGAUUGAAAACCUCACUCACCAGAUCCAGGAACGGAUGCAGGACCCCAAGUCUGUAGACCUGCAGCUUUACCACAGCGAGACACUAGAGCUAAUGCUACAGCGUUGGAGCAAGCUGGAGCGUGACUUCCGACAGAAGAGUGGGCGCUAUGAUAUCAGUAAGAUCCCUGACAUCUAUGACUGUGUCAAGUAUGAUGUGCAGCACAAUGGGAGUCUGGGACUUCAAGGCACAGCAGAGUUGCUCCGUCUCUCUAAGGCACUGGCUGAUGUGGUCAUUCCCCAGGAGUACGGGAUCAGUCGGGAGGAGAAACUGGAAAUUGCCGUGGGCUUCUGUCUUGCACUGCUGCGGAAGAUACUACUUGACCUGCAGAGAACCCACGAGGAUGAGUCUGUCAACAAGCUGCACCCCCUGUACUCCCGAGGAGUGCUCUCCCCAGGCCGCCAUGUUCGAACACGUCUGUACUUCACCAGUGAAAGCCACGUCCACUCCCUACUCAGUGUCUUCCGUUAUGGGGGACUUCUUGAUGAGACCAAGGAUGCACAAUGGCAGCGAGCUUUGGCUUAUCUUAGUGCCAUCUCAGAGCUCAACUACAUGACCCAGAUUGUCAUCAUGCUUUAUGAAGACAACACACGGGAUCCCUUAUCAGAGGAGCGGUUCCAUGUGGAGCUGCACUUCAGCCCUGGAGUGAAAGGUGUCGAGGAAGAAGGCAGUGCCCCAACUGGCUGUGGAUUCCGUCCAGCCUCUUCUGAGAAUGAGGAGAUGAAAACAGACCAAGGCAGCAUGGAGGACCUGUGCCCAGGGAAGGCAUCAGAUGAGCCAGACCGAGCAUUGCAGACCUCACCCCAGCCCUCUGAGGGCCCUGGCCUCCCAAAGAGAUCACCCCUCAUUCGUAACCGCAAAGCCGGCUCCAUGGAGGUCAUGAACAUGCAGUGCACGGGGAACCUGGACCUGAUCCCCUUGCGGGGACGGCGCCGCCGGAGGUCAGGGGACCUCCCCCGGCCUUCCCCAUCCAUCGGCCUACAGCCCCGGGCUGUGUCCACCACUCACCUGGCAUCCUGCACACAGGUGCUUUCUGAGACUUCAUCCUCGAGGCCUGGUGGCUACCGACUCUUUUCAUCUUCACGGCCACCAACAGAGAUGAAGCAGAGCGGCCUAGGCUCACAGUGCACGGGGCUGUUCAGCACCACAGUGCUGGGCGGCUCCUCCAGCGCCCCGAAUCUUCAGGACUACGCCCGCAGCCAAGGCAAAAAGCUACCACCUGCCAGUCUGAAGCACCGAGAUGAGCUGCUGGAUGACCAGCACCCUGUGGUCCGGUUGCUGCGUAGUUGUUCCUCUGACUGCACAGGGGGCCGGCCAGUCUCCUUGGAUGCCACGCUGGCGCAUCACCUGCACCAGUGCUCCUACCACCUGCGCCUCUUCCGGAACUGGCUGCGCUCAGGCCAGGAUGAUCCCGAGUGCCUCUACGGAUUUGAAGGGUGCUCCAUGGUGCCUACCAUUUACCCCCUGGAAACACUGCAUAAUGCCCUUUCCCUGCGUCAAGUGAGUGAAUUCUUGAGUAGAGUCUGCCAGCGCCACACUGAUGCCCAAGCACAGGCAUCUGCAGCCCUCUUUGACUCUAUGCACAGCAACCAGACCUCUGAUAGCCCGUUUUCUCCACCUCGCACUCUUCAUUCACCUACCCUGCAACUCCGGCAGCGCUCUGAAAAGCCCCCUUGGUACAGCAGUGGCCCUUCCAGCACUGUGUCCAGUGCUGGUCCUUCCUCCCCUACUGCAGUGGAUGGUAACUGCCAUUUUGGCUUCAGUGAUCACCCUUCCCUAAAUUCACAUGUGACUGAAGAACAUCAAGGCCUUGGGCUGCUCCAGGAGAGCAUUGGGAAUGGAGCACAAGAGCUCCCCAUAGAAGGGGAGCAAGAGCCUUUUGAACGAAACCAGUCCCCACAGGAACCACCCAUGGAAACCAGCCAGCCAUGCCAGAAGGUUGCUGAGGAGGUCAGCCAACCAUGCCAGGACAUCCCUGAAGAGGUCAGCCAGCCAUGCCAGGAAGUCCCUGACAUCAGCCAACCAUGCAAGGAGAAACAUGAUGAUGUUAACCAGACAUGCCAGGAGGUCCCUCAGAUCAGCCAACCAUGCCAGAAUGCCAGUCAACUGUACCGGAAAGUCUCUGAGGAAGCUUGCGAGCUUUGCCGGGAGAACUCUGAGGAGGUCAACCAGCCACACCAGGGGGUCCCUGUGGAGGUUGGCAGGCUGGUCCAUGGGUUCCCUGUAGGGGUUGGUGGUCUGGCCCAGGAAAUCCUCGUGGAAGUCGGCAAACCAGCCCAAGAGAUCCCUGAGGAGCUCAGCCAGCCAUGCCAGGAGUUCUCUGGGGACAUUGGCAGGCUGGCCCAAGAGGCUUCUGCAAUCAUUUUGUUGUCUCAGGACAUCCCAGAGGUUGAUAAACCAUCCCAAGAGUUCCCUGGGGAGGGUGAUCUGUAUGUCCAGGAGGUCCCAGAGGAGAUGAACCAGCAGCAGUCCUAUGUGGUCCCUGAGUUGAUUGACCAGCUGUCUGGAGAGGAUGUUCUUCAAGUCCAGUAUCCAUCUAGCAAUGCAAACCCUCAGAGCCAGUCUCUAGCCCGUGACCAGAACUCACCCCUUCUGCCAGCAACAUGUGAUUAAUCAUUUUCUCAUUAGUGGUGUCACACUAUAUCAGACAUUUGAGCUAGCAAAUUUUUCUGUUGGCUAACUCACCUGCCAGCAUUAAGGCCUUGGAUCUCACCAGAGGUGUCUGAGGAAGCAGUCCUCUUGGCAUGAAGCAUACUUGUGCCAGAGCUGGGCUUGGGGAGGAGCCAACUUCAUGUUAAAGCAGCUGUUGACUUCUCACCCAGCCAUUAGACUUGAAUAUGAUUUUCUUCAAGAGGUAAAUGGGUCUAUCAUUACCUAACUUUCUCUGAUCAUCCCAGGAAAUCCCAGAUUGGUAAAGGAACUGCCACUUAACUGCUGAAGACAACAUCUGGGGGUAGCAAGUGCAAAAGGGGACUCCAAGGUCUCUGCUUUUCCGGAAAAUAUUCACAACUUUUCAAGGUACCCUUAGACCAUAUGUGCAUUCAGGGGACUCUUGUCUUUGUUAGUAUCCUCAGGUGGGCCCAGGAUGGCUGUCUGAAAUGUCUGGGAAAAAAGAGUUCCUUUCCCAAACAAAUAUCCAUCAUGGCCACAAAUUUUUAGAUUGGGCUUAUGGAUGUUUCCAUAUCAUCCCCAGGUGCCCUCUCUGCCCUAGUCCUGUUCCUCUGGGCAGUAGCUCUAGGGAAAAAUAAGUAUUAGAUUGCUGUGGAAAUUUCUGAGUAACUACUUAAAAUGCUCUGGGGGUUCUUGGCCAGUCUGUAAAGCUGGGCCUCCUUUUGUUGUGGGACUGUAUGGCUUAGGAGAUAUUGUAGUAGAGAAAAAUCAGGUUCUAUUUUAAGCAAUCAGCAGAGAUCAGUAUUGUACAGACAUGAGCAAAGAUUAUAUAUAUAUUUCUGUAGUCGAGCCAGGGACAGACUGGCCAAAGACCAAAUACUCCAGGGUCCCCAUAGGAUUUGUCCUCAUAUCAUUGUGUCUUUAAGGCCAGGUGUGAUUAUGAAGCUUUUCCCAAAG